AUGGACCCGAUCAAAAAGGGCUUACUGCUAUUUGAAAAAGGCAAAUACAAGGAGGCUGAGCUCUCGUUCACUAAUUCGAUCAAGUUCGGAUACCAGGAAUUGAGAUGCGGCAAAAAUGAAUGGAGAUCCAAGUUGGGAUUGUUAUUGGAUUCGCGUGCGGCAUGUCACGAGAAACUUGGCGACUUAAGAUCAGCUCUGGAAGACGCGCGUCAACAGAUCGAGCUAGAACCUUACAAGUGCAAAAGUUAUCUUCGAGCAGCCAAAAUACACGUACUGGAUGGGCGUGAAUACGAAGCUUUAUCUGUUCUGGAAUCUGGGAUCAAACGACUAAAACAUGGGAAAUCAAAAUAUGGAGACCGGCUGAAAAUCAACGAGCGAUUGUAUGAGAAGAUGAUAGCGGAAGCUUCCAGUUUGAAGGAAAAGCAGCCUACGAAACGUAGAAAAUUGAAGUCAACUGAUCCUCUGAAAUAUCUACCUUUCGAAUUAGUCUCCACUAUAUUGAGUCUCGUGGAUCAACCAACGCUACUUAACUGCUUCUUGGUGAACCACCAAUGGUACGAGACUGUGGGAAAUACACUUGGAAUUCUCAACAGCCCUCGCAUCAAGAAACAUCUAUCCCUGAAAGAAUUUGUCAAAUUUCUGAAUUUCUAUCGAUCUCGCAAACGUCACAGAUUCAAAGCUCUGGACUUGAGCUUAAGAGCCACUGAAGAGACCAGUAUGGUUAAGCAGCUGCUGGCUAGCGGAUUCCGAACUGAAAAACUAACGUUGAGUUUAGGAAAGUAUGAUAAUUAUGAGCUCUCCAAGUCGCUUAAAAAUAUCACGGCAGGACGCCAUAUGUUUCACGACCUAAAAGAGCUAUCGAUAUCCAUGCCCGUUAUUGAAAACGGCGGGGGAUUGACAGAGCUGCUUCAGUAUCUCAACUCAAACAUAGAUAAGCUCAAUAUUGUGAUCACAGACUUGAACAUUUCCAAACUGGUGAGACUUGAUACAACCAAUAUUACAUUUACUCAAAUGUCGAAUUUUGCAUUAGUGAUCCGACCACAGUUGUCGGAAAAACUGAACAAGAGAGUCACUCAGAAUCUCUUGAGCAAUGCCACUUUUGAGAACGUGAUAACGUUACAGCUGAUUAACUGCGAGGUAGAACCUGAAAACUUACAGAAUCUCUUGAGGCGAUCGAGGCGGCUUGAGAGUCUGACAAUAGAUUCUUGUGGAGUUACAACGCUUGGAGAAAUCCUCAGAGGACUAGAAUCCACAAAAUCUACAUUGAAAAGCUUGCAUGUGAAAGAAAGUUCAAAAUCGAGGCCCGUGACGUCGAUCUCUCAAUUAAAUUUACACUCCAUAUCGAGAUUACGCACAUUGUCAUUGGAGAAUACAUCAUUGAAUUUCCACCAAUUAAUGCUUGUUCUGUGCAGCACUAACAAACAUCUGCGACAUCUGAGGUUGAAAGCCAACUACAAAGUGGUGUUUGCACGCAGUGCUUUCGAUCGCAGACUACCGGAUACUGCUACCCGUGCAUUCCAGUUUAGGGAAUUUCUCGAGGCAGUGCCACAGUUAGAGUCUUUAUCGUUAGUGCAGGGCACAAACUUGACAGACUCAGCGCUGCGGAAUUUCUCAAGUGAGCUGAUCUCGACUUCACAGCCGAUCGGGCUUAAAAUUUUGGACUUAUCUAUGAACGAAAUAAGCGGGGUUGGUAUCAUCGAUCUAUUCCAGAGACCCAAAAGCUGGUUGCGACUGGAUCAGCUCAUUGCCAAUGGGUGCGAUAUGCAUCCGGAUACUUCCAAUUUUCUGUUACGACGCGAAUACUGCCGCUAUAUCCAAAGCAUCGAUCGAUAA